AUGGGGAUGGAGGAAGAGUUGAAUAGCUGCAGCAGCAGCGACAGUGGUUCCAGCAGCAGUAGCAGCAGCCGGGCGAGCUGUAGCACCAGUAAUAGUACGACGGGCCGCGCUAGCCUCAGCAACAGCAACUGCCACAGCGACAGUGAUAAGGCCAGCAGUGUGUGCAGCAGUGAAAACGAUAAGGAUAACGAAAGUGAAUCGGAGAAGAAAGUUACCCAGCCCUCGGGAGCUUCGUCGGAGGAGGAAGAAGAGAAGGGAGCGGGAGGAAAGGAGAGCGGUACUAGCUCUAGUGCCGGUGGAGAUGGAGAAGGGCGCAAUGAGCCGGAAGGGCAGGGAGGUGGUAAGGCGGACCGGGCGGUCGCCAUGGCCAAAGUGAUCGAGGGCAAUCUGGGGCCGCUGACGGCGACGGUGAAAUUCAUCAACCCGUACAAGAACAACUGGAUCAAUGCCGACCGGUUGAACGAGCUGCGGAAGAAGGUGCAGGACGCGACCAAGCACCACCGGGUGUUCCUGCUGCGCGGGUCCUUCCACACCGUCCGGCGGGCGCUGGUCGAGCGCGGCUGGGUGGAGAAGCUGGACGGGUUCCGGGUGAAGGCGCAAGCGUCCACCUCCUCGUCCGGGUUCAUCCUGGAGGACCUGGUGUCGCAGCUGCCGGAGCGCAAGCCGGGCGAGUCGCGCAAGAACCACAUCGCCAAGUGCGAGCGCAGCAUCAUGUCGCGCUUCCUCGAGCACACGCCGAUCGACUUCCUGUGGACGGCGCGGCGCGAGAAGGCGGACUGGCUCGACCUGACGAAGAACUCGGCGCUCAUCAUCAACCGGUUCGCGAAGGCGCCGUUCACUACGAAGGAAGGCCUCUGCUCGGCGCUGCACGAUUUCCAUUGGUUCUACGAGGAGGGCAUGUCCGAGACCUACUUUCCCCGGUGCUACAACGUCUGGAACCCGGAGGAGUUGAACGAGUUCGUCGACAACUUCCGGCUGACGGCGUCGAUGGGGCUGCUCAAGUGGCUCGUCGAGCGGCACGCGACCGAGGAGGGCCUCGGCGCCAUCAUCGCAGACGAUGGCAACGUGCCGAGCACGUGCAUUACCUUUGCUCUGACGCGCUGCAAGGAGUACCUGGACUACUGCCUGCACAACGACAUCGACCUCGAGGAGGACGCGAAGGUGUGGGACCACGACUGGGACGUCUUCCUCACGCACCACUACCUGCUCACGCACGAGGACAACCGGAUACAGCUGCUCAAGGAGGAGCGCGACGCGGACGCGAUCGACCAGUACCUCGCCGAGGCGAAAUCAGUGCUGGAGCAGAUCAAGGGCUACUGGCCGCAGUACGCCCUCGACGGGUACCUCAACAUCUGGAUCGUGAAACCCGGCAAUAAGUGCCGUGGCCGCGGGAUCCAUCUCAUGAACAACAUCAAGCAAAUCAUCGCCAUGGUAAAUCCGCCGAUCGUCAGCAAAACACGCUACGUCAUACAGAAAUACAUCGAGCGGCCGCUCAUCAUCCACAACACCAAGUUCGACAUCCGGCAGUGGUUUAUGAUCACCAGCGUGCAGCCGCUCAACAUCUGGUUCUACAAGGAAAGCUACCUACGCUUCAGCUCGCAGCAGUACAAUCUCAUGAACUAUCACGAAUCGGUGCACCUGACGAACCACGCGAUCCAGAAGAAGUACCACAACGCGGUCCGGGACGAGCGGUUGCCGCACGAGAACAUGUGGGACUGCCACACGUUCCAGGCGUACCUGCGCCAGAUCGACAAGUACGAGAUGUGGUCGGAGCGCAUCUACCCCGGCAUGCAGAAGGCAAUCAUCGGGUCCCUGCUGGCCUGCCAGGACAACAUGGACCGGCGGCCGAACACGUUCGAGCUGUACGGGGCGGACUUUAUGAUCACCGAGGACUUCUACCCGUGGCUGAUCGAGAUCAACUCCAGUCCGGAUCUCGCACCGAGCACGAGCGUCACGGCGCGCCUUUGUCCGCAGUGCGUUGAGGAUACGAUCCGAGUGGUCAUCGACCGACGGAGUGAUCCGAACGCGUUGACCGGCUCGUUCGAGUUGAUUUACAAGCAGGUGAUACCGAAAACGCCGGCCUACAUGGGACUGAACCUGCAGCUGCGCGGCCACCGCAUCACGCCGAAGAGCUCGAUGAAGAAGGACCGCAUGCGAAUGCUGCCACUGAAGCCGGUGCAGAACGUGCUCCAGGUGUCCCGGCUGGCGACCUCGGCGGCGGCCAGCUCCGUGGUGAAACAGGCCGCCUCGCCGGUCAUCAUGGAUCUCAUCGAGUGCAUGCAGUUCCGCGACGGCAAACCCGACGAGGACAUGGUGCUGCCCGGCGGUGCCGGCCGCCACCACCACGUCCGCGCUGGACCGUGUGGCGUCACCUCGGCCACGCUCUACAAGCGUUCGAACUUUUCGCACAAGAGCACCAACCUGCGGUACGACUUCGAGAAGAAGAAAUCGUACAUCAUCUCGAAGACGGGCGAACUGUUCCGACGCAACGGGGCCACCGGGGGCGGGGCCAAGUACCUGACCGACGGCGAAACGUACAUCGACAGCGUGGAGGCGUGGGAGCGGGCGACGACUAGCUUCUUCCAGCACAACUUCUCCGGCGCGCUGAGUUCGCAGCUAGCGGCCGCCAUCGAGCCCACGGAAGCGCGGACGACGCCUCGCUGUUCGAUCAAGAUCACGGACUGCUGCGACGACCACCACUCGCUCGGGCUGAACGGUGACGCCGAGCGGCGCACCGGAAGUGUGGAGAACCUGUCCUCCGCCACCACCACCGGAACCGCCAGCGCACAGCAGCCGAGCGGGUUCCCCACGGCCAUCCGGUUCGGGAAGGCGUCGGGAGGCCCCCGGUCCUCGGCGGCCACCACCUCGAACAACUUCUACACGCUCGGGUUCAGCCUGCGGGCGCGGCCACCGAAGCUGGCACGCUCGGGCACCAAACUGCACCACGCACAAUCAGCCGAGGACCUCUCGUCGUCGUCGGCGUCGUCGUCGUCGCUGUCACCGCCGCACCAUGCGGCACGUUCUGGCACGGACCACCACCACCACGGCGCCACCGGACCGUCGGCGGCUUUCUAG